CUAGCAUAAGCGUGCAUCCCCUGGUGGAAGCGGUUUUGUGCAAGCUAGUGAGAAAGCCGCAACAUGGGGAACGAUAAGUACAUGCUCUGUACGUUCUUACUAUGAAAUUCGUCWAUUUUUAUUUGAGAAAAUUCAAAAGGAACAACUGGCUUCCAGAUUUUAGGACGAUGGAAAUUUAACGGCGAUGAAAUUCUCUGCUUCGACCGCUAUAGACGUUGACACCAAGAAACAAUUUCCUUAGGUUAUUCACCCGGAAUAAAGCUGUUCUCUGGACAGGCUACACCGGCCUGUGCACACUCUCCCAGCCAUGGCUCUGGUUACUUUGCAGCGCUCCCCUACCCCAAGCGCUGCAUCCACAGCCAGCACAACCACCACCAACGUGGGGGAGGACUUUGGGAGUGAUGAUGAGCGCCGGCUAAAUCAGAGCCUGAGCGAGAGCUUCUUCAUGGUGAAGGGUGCCGCCCUCUUCCUGCAGCAGGGCAGCAGUCCUCAAGACCAGAAAGCACAUCCCCACCACAAACAUGCAGGAGACUUACCUCAGCACCUGCAGGUGAUGAUCAACAUUCUUCGCUCGGAGGACCGAAUCAAACUGGCGGUGCGGCUGGAGAGUGCCUGGUCAGACAGAGUGCGUUACAUGGUGGUGGUGUACACCAGCGGACGACAGGACACAGAGGAGAACAUCCUGCUGGGCAUAGACUUCAGCGACAAGGACAGUAAAAGCUGCUCUGUUGGCAUGGUGCUGCCUCUGUGGAGUGACACCAAGAUCCAUCUGGAUGGAGACGGGGGUUUCAGUGUGAACACAGUGAGCCGGAAUCAUGUCUUCAAACCUGUGUCUGUACAGGCCAUGUGGUCGGCUCUGCAGAUCCUCCACAAGGUGUGUGAGGUGUCCCGCAGGUACAACUACUUCCCCGGGGGCAUGGCCCUCACCUGGAUGGGUUACUAUGAGAGCUGCAUCGCCUCAGAGCAGAGCUGCAUCAACGAGUGGAACGCCAUGAGAGACCUGGAGACCUUGCGGCCUGACUCCCCCACCAUGUUUGUCGACAAGCCCACAGAAAGGGAGCGGACAGAGUGCCUUAUCAAAGCCAAACUCCGUAGCAUCAUGAUGUUCCAGGACCUGGAGAACGUUACCUCUAAACAGAUCCGGACGGAGCUGGAGCAGCAUAUGAGCUGUAACCUGAUGCAGUACAAGGAGUUCAUCGACAACGAGAUGCUGCUGAUCCUGGGCCAGAUGGACAAGGCAACACUCAUAUUUGACCACCUCUAUCUGGGAUCUGAAUGGAAUGCCUCCAAUCUGGAAGAGCUUCAGGACACUGGGGUGGGCUAUAUCCUCAACGUCACCAGGGAGAUAGAUAACUUCUUCCCAGGAACAUUCUCCUACCACAACAUACGGGUCUAUGACGAAGAGGAUACAGACCUGCUGGCCCACUGGAACGAGACAUACAACUUCAUAGUUAAAGCAAAAAAGAACCAUUCCAAGUGUCUGGUCCACUGUAAGAUGGGUGUCAGCCGCUCAGCCUCCACCGUUAUUGCUUACGCCAUGAAGGAGUAUGGUUGGUCACUGGAGAAGGCCUUCAACUUUGUCAAGCAGAAGAGAAGCAUCACACGGCCCAACACAGGCUUCAUGAGACAGCUGGCUGAGUACGAGGGCAUCCUGGACGCCAGUAAGCAGCGCCACAACAAGCUGUGGCGUCCUGACCGCCCCGACCCAGACUGUGACCUCCAUGAGGGCCAGCAGGCCCAGUGCUGUGGGGGGGAAUACCCAGCGAACCGGACCCCUGAGCCGGGGAUGUCCCCCUGCUAUGAGGAGGCUCUUGAGGAGAAGGGGGCGGCAUGUCCCCUUUCCCCCUGCAGGAUGAUCAGUCUGGAGGUGGACCCCGCCUACAACAACUACUACUUCCGCAGGCUGUCUGACUCGGCCCUGGACAGUGACCCCUCCACGCCGGUGCGCGCUCCGCCCCUCCUGGACAUGGAGCGGGUCUUCAUAGAGAUUGAGGACGUGGAGCGCGACGCCCUGCUGGAUGACGAGGCCUUUGAGGGGCGAGAGGGCCUGCCGCUGCCACACUUUGGGCUGGCUGGGGUGGGGACGGCGGCCCAGACCUCUUGCCGAGGACCAGAGCCCCUGGAAGAGCUGCGCCUGCGUCUGGAGUUCAGCACCGUAGAGGAGGAGGAUGAGGAGGAGGUUCAGAAAGAUGAGGCAGAGAUGGAGGCGUUAGCACAGCCAGGAGGAAGAGUGGGGAGUGCAGGAGGAGGUGAUGGUGAUGGUGAUGGAGAGGUGGAGAUGGUUCAGGAAGAGGAGGGAGAGAAGGAGGGCAAUGGGCUGGACCUGGUAACCCUGAACCAGAACUCCAACAAUAACAACCACUUUAAUACCCUGUCCAGCCUCAAUGACACUGCUCCUUCCAAACCCGCUCACCCAGUCAAGCCUUCAGCUCUCUCGCGAUCAGACAACAAGCCCAGCCAUAACAUGGAUUCACUGACCCAGGAUGCUGAUCUCUGCCUUAACCCCACACACCUCCCCAGCGUGCCCAGUGUCUCUGUGGAGGUCCCAAGUGCCACUCUCCCUCUCCCACUUACCUCCCCCGACAAACCCUGUACCCCCAGCCUGCUGCACCCCUGUGGCCCUCUGUGUGACUGUGCCAACUGUGCUGCUCCGCCCUCUACACCUUUGCCUGAUGCCCAGGACUCCCCCUGCUCUCUGACAUCUGAGGACAUAACUGGUGAGGCCAAGGAUGAGGAAGGGGAGCUUUUAGGGGUCUCUGAGCCUCUCCCUGUCCCAGAACUGCUGGGACUGAGCCUGGAGGAGAAGAGGCCGGUGGUGGCCUGCUACGUGGCCCAGCAGCAGGAGACUCUAGUGCAGCUACAGAGGUCAGGGCUGGUCCGCCGGAGGGCAGAGAGGCUGGAGAGGCUGUCAGGUCUGUCCCAGGAGGGGCUUCAUCCCUUGGAGCCUCUAGACAGCCCCCACUCAGGAGCCAGGGAGGGCCCCAGUCCUGUGGAGGUGGAGUUCUCAGCCUUCCCAGAAGACUUCCCCAAGUCCUCCACACCAUGCCCAGUGCCCCUAGAGCUGCUGGUGGUUCCUCUGACUAACGAGGCCCUGCUGGGUGCAGUGGGCUCUGGGGGGCUGACGCCCAACUCUUCCCCCCAUGGCUCCACACUGACACGUAGCUCCAGCAGUGACAGCAUCCGCAGCGUCAGGGGCAAACCCGGCCUGGUGCGCCAGAGGGCUCAGGAGAUCGAGACCCGCAUGCGGCUGGCCGGCCUCACCGUGCCCUCAAGCCUCAAACGCUCCAACUCACUGGCCAAACUGGGCAGCCUCAACUUCUCGGCUGAAGACCUGUGCUCCGUCUGCUCCUCGGAUGCAGGCACCCUCCUGCUCCUCUCUCUUUCCCCAGAGCCAGGCCUACAAUGGGAGUGCCCCUCCACCUCUUCCUCCACCCAGCCCAGAGCACACAGGGACCAGACCACCCCAGAGAGAGCACUGUCCGGGGGUCCCAGGAGCUGACAGGAAGGAUGGAGGGACACUCCUCCACCCAUCCCUCCAUCCCCCAAUCUGAGCUGGGGAGGGUCACACAGAUUUUGGAGAGGGGAGAGGGACAGUCUUAAAAAACAAAUGUGUAUAUAGAAUUAUACAUGUAUAAAUAAACAUUUGAAUAAUAUAAAUAUAUAUUAAUAUAAAUCCACAUCAUAUUUAAGGAAAAAUAAACAGAAUCCAAAUAUUAUACCAUAAUCCAGAUGGUAUCUUGGUUGAAGGCUGCUCGGUAUCUUGGUUGAAGGCUGCUCGGUAUCUUGGUUGAAGGCUGCUCGGUAUCUUGGUUGAAGGCUGCUCGGUAUCUUGGUUGAAGGCUGCUCGGUAUCUUGGUUGAAGGCUGUUCUUGCAUGGAGCGCAAUGAAUGUGUGCGCAAAGAUGAACCUCAUACAGAAGACCUGGUCUCCAUCAGGACUUAAAGUGGUUUUCAUGUCUGGUCCUCUGCCUUUCUAGCUGUCCAGAGAUCAGAGUUACAGCUUCAUCAUUAUCAUAAUCAUUAUCAUAAUCAUUAUCAUCACCAUCAUAUACCCUGCCUUUCACAAGCAGAUACAUUUUGUUUUUAUCACAGACUUUAUCAUCACAAUUUGUUGUUUACUUUUCCAUUGGUUAAUGUUAAUUGUGGUGUAUUUUGAUUAAGUGCUGCCUUAGUCAGAGUUGAUCAUCAGAUGAUAUUGAUUUUGGGUAUAGAGCUCCCGAAGUUUCACCAUGUGCUGAAAACAAAGGGGAGAAGUGGGUAUAGUUGUCUGUGUUGUAUUUGUCACUGCUAUCUUGGGUUCAGUAAGCAAUAUGAGACGCACAUAGACCGUAAACUUGUCAUAACACAAACAGCACCAUUAAUUCGGUGUGCAUCAUGUAUUUUGGAGAGAAAUGUCGUGAUAGGUCAAAUGUAUGUGACAUCAUAUCGGGUAUGCUAAAAUGUUUUCUUCCUCUUUUCACCUCAGUGUUAAUGACUAUCCGUUACAGGUUGGAGGCUGUUACGAUAUUAGAAAUGUAUUUAAAAAAUCAUACAAGCAUAGAAUCUAGCUCCUCUGCUUCUGAGCCUGCGUUGUAUUUAGGUAUUUGCAUAAAAAAGUUCAUCAAUCAGAUUAAUUUUGGAUGAGCCAAAUAUAUAUCAGAAAUCAUUUUCAAACAAUUCAGAUCCCAAAACAUAGAAUACAAAAACAAAAAGACCAUAGCCCCCUCCUGUAAGUACUGCAGUGUGAUUCCACUUCUGUAAGAAAAGUAAUUCCUUCAUCCUAGUCCCCUCCAUUUCUGACGCUUUCAUGCUAUAAUGUCCUCCAAGCUUCCAACAUGUCCCUGUGUCAAAACAUCCAGGUAUCAUUCCAAGAAUCUUCUGGGACCAUUCAACCUCUGUGACACCGCGGUGAAGUGGUGCUUUUCAUUUUGUUCAAGUAGUUCUACAGACCCCGCUCUUGUCAGGUGAGAAGUUCACAUGCUUUAUCAUAGAGAUCCUACAUCUCUACGGGCUGUAUGUUGUAUCUAUAUAAGAUCUCUACAGGCUGUAUGUUGUAUCUAUAUAGGAUCUCUACAGGCUGUAUGUUGUAUCUAUAUAGGAUCUCUACAGGCUGUAUGUUGUAUCUA